AACAUAUGUUUUCUUUUUCAAAGUAUAGAAGUGAAUGUUUUCUAGUUGCGCUCUGAAUCGUUCUUGGUCAGACUCAUAGUUACUGCUCAUCAUUCCGGAUUGUUGACAACCCUAGUUGCAAUACUUGGUUAGAAUUAUUUUAACCUCGCAUCACUUUAGAUUUGAAUGCUACACUAUUGCAAACUCAGUUGCUUUUCUAGAAGACGUGCAAGACACUUUGAAUAUAAGCAUUUUCAAAGUCAGUAAAAUAUAAAGAAAACUUGAUGUCUCCCUGUUCUCUUAACAAUAGUCAUCGAUAUCCAUGCCUACGGUCAUCUAUUCAAGACAAAAGACUUGCAUUUACAGUCAAUGCAUGAACUUAGAAUGUUCAUUAAAAUGGAAUCUAUACUUAAUUCGGCGAGCAAUGUGCUAUCAGACUAGAUAUCCAUGGAAAUGGAUUUCUAUUUUUACACUGCUUUUUGUUUCCUCGUCAUAUUCUCAAAUGCUUCAACUGCAAUCGACACCCUUUCUCAAUCAGACUCACUCACCGACGGCAUGACCUUAGUCUCCGGUGAUGGAAGCUUUCAAUUGGGUUUCUUCUCUCCUGGCAGUUCUAAGAACCGCUACCUGGGAAUCUGGUACAACAACAUCCCCAUGCAAACUGUUGUUUGGGUUGCAAACAGGGUAAACCCAAUAAACGAUUCCACUGGCUUGUUGAAGAUACAAAGUAAUGGGAAAAUCCUGCUUCUAGUUCAGAACACAACAGCUGUUUGGUGCGCUAACUCGACAGCAAGAGUUGAGAAUCCAGUAUUGCAGCUCCUGGAUUCAGGUAAUCUUGUUGUCAGAGAUGGAAAGGAUAGUGAACCAGAGAAUUACUUGUGGCAAAGCUUUGAUUAUCCAUCAGAUAUAAUGUUACCAGGGAUGAAAAUUGGUAUUGAUUUAAGAACUGGUCUCCAUCGAAGACUAGCAGCCUGGAAGAACUGGGAUGAUCCAUCUCCAGGUGAUCUUACUUACGGUGUAGAACUUGAAGGAACCCCAGAGAUGGUGCUAAGGAAAGGCUCGGAAAAGUACUAUCGGAGUGGGUUAUGGAAUGGCGAUGGAUUUAGUGGGACGCCAAAUUUAAGGUCAAAUCCCAUCUUUGAUUAUGACUUUGUGUGGAACGAAAAUGAGGUUUACUAUAUAUAUUCCCUUAAAAACAAAUCAGUGAUGUCGAGGUUUGUUUUGAACCAAACCCAAAGUGUAAGACAAAGGUAUACAUGGAACCCAGAAACUCAAACUUGGAAGCUGUUCUCAAUCAUGCCAAGUGACUUAUGUGACAGAAGUGGACUUUGUGGUCCAAACGGGGACUGUGAUAACAAUAAGCUCCCGGCUUGUCAAUGUUUGACAGGGUUCAGACCGAAAUGGCUCGAGAGAUGGAACUCAUCGGAUUGGUCCGACGGCUGCAUACACAGCAAGCCACUUAACUGCAAGAGUGGAGACGGGUUUAUCAGAAUUGGGAAGGUGAAAACCCCAGACACCAUAAACUCUUGGGUUAAUAAAACUAUGAAUCUCAAGGAAUGUAGAGCCAAGUGCUUGAGGAACUGUUCCUGCAUGGCCUACACUAAUCUAUAUGUUACAAGAGGAGGUAGUGGCUGCGCCAUGUGGUAUGGAGAUUUGCUUGAUAUCAAACAAUUUCAAUCAGAUGGUCAGGAUCUUUACAUCAGAGUGUCUGCUUCAGAAGCAGAACGGAAGAAAAAGGCUAAGGUGAAACUUGCCAUCAUACUUGGGACGGUAAUUGCUGCGAUUUUGGGGUUUCUUUUAAUCGUUUGUUACAUUCUCAGAAGCAGGAGAAAGUUAAAAGAUGAAGUGAAAGACAAGAAUCUAAAUGAUAGAGAGGAUAAAGACGAGAAUGAAGAUAUGGAGCUUGCAGUAUUCGAGUUUGGGACCAUAGCUCAAGCUACUGAUUCUUUUUCAUUUAACAACAAGCUAGGUCAAGGAGGUUUUGGUCCUGUUUAUAAGGGGACACUAGGAAAUGGACAAGAAAUUGCAGUGAAGAGACUUUCAAAGAGUUCCGGACAAGGAUUGCAUGAGUUUAAGAAUGAAGUAAAGUUGAUUGCCAAACUUCAGCAUCGGAAUCUUGUAAGGCUUCUUGGAUGCUGCAUUCAUGGAGAUGAGAGAAUGCUAGUUUAUGAAUACAUGCCUAAUAGAAGCCUUGACUCCUUCAUUUUCGAUCAAACGAGACGCAGAGUUUUAUCUUGGUCUAAGCGUUUCCGGAUUAUCUGCGGGAUUGCUAGGGGACUACUCUACCUUCAUCAAGACUCAAGGUUGAGGAUAAUCCAUAGAGAUCUUAAAACUAGUAAUGUUCUACUUGAUAGUGAGAUGAACCCAAAAAUUUCGGAUUUUGGCCUGGCAAGAACUUUUGGAGGAGAUCAAACAGAAGCUAAUACAAAUAGAGUAGUCGGAACUUAUGGUUAUAUGGCACCAGAAUACGCUAUCGAUGGGUUGUUUUCUGUAAAGUCAGAUGUUUUUAGCUUUGGGAUAUUAUUGUUGGAGAUUAUAAGCGGAAGAAAGAACAGAGGAUUUUAUCAUGUAAAUCAAAGUGGCAACCUCAUUGAACAUGCAUGGAGAUUAUGGAAAGAAAGCAAGCCUUUGGAUCUUGCUGAUGAUUUCUUAGCAGACACUGGAGACCUAUCCGAAUUGCUACGGUGCAUACACGUUAGCCUUUUAUGUAUACAACAGCAUCCUGAGGAAAGACCAAACAUGUCAUCUGUGGUUCUAAUGUUGGGAAGUCAUAAUGAAUUGCCUUCGCCUAAACAACCUGGUUUCUUGUUUUACAAUAAACCCUUUGAAGCUGAUUGUUCAUCCGGAAACGACAGAUUGUCUUCGAGAAAUGAAAUAAGUUUAUCAUUAUUAGAGGCUAGAUAAGAAAAAGAUUGUAUGGCUCACUCAAUCUGUUAUGUUCCAAACUAUCAGUCCCACUUAUUUGAUCAAGCAAGAUUUUAGGUUUUUCAUAAAGCUUUAGACAUUGAAGGAAGAUAAUUGUUGUGGUGAUAAUUCUUGUUCCCUCGACAAAUUGUUUAAAUUUAGUGUUUAGAUUCUUGAAUCAUGUUGUAGAUGCAAAAAUAAAUUAGUAUACAAGUAAAAAGGCUUGUCAA